AUGGACGCCUUCAACGCUACAGUCAUAAUUAAUGUCACAGCGGAUACAAUUGGCAAAAUCGGAGCAGCGUUCAAAGAGGACCAGAACGACGACAACGUCCUAUACAACGCGAAGAAUGAACCUACCAACAGGCUUCGUAAGUCCGAUGUUGAUAAUUUGGGAGUGGUGGAUCUCAAGUCGGUCUCGGAUGUGACUCAUCGGACGAUGAUCAGUGAUACUGCGAAGGAGGAGUCACCGAGGAAGACAGCCACGACUGAGCUCAGUUCAACGCUGGGGCAGAUAGUGCUGUGUCCUGCAAUCUCUGGCGGUUGGAAUCAAGCUGGAACCUGCAUAGAGCUGACUGAGCCGCGUGAGGACCCCCUUCAACUUUAG